ACAGUUGUCACUGUCUUAAGCGAAAAAAAAUCAAAAAUUAUUUUGUUAUGGGAAAUUGUAGAGCUUAUAAUAUUUUACUUUUAGAAUUUUGGUGAAUGUAAUAAAAUGAUGUGUAUUGUGAUGAGCCAUAUUAUACGGUAUUAAGUAAGAAAGAUAUGCUUACACCCGACAAAAGAACAUUUGAAGAAAGAUACAAUUCGUGUUUCGUCGACCUAGGAGUAAAAACUAUUGCCGGACUUAUAAUUGGCGGGAUGCUGGGCAGCUUCUUUCUGCGCAGCGCUCGCAAAUGGCCGCUUUUCAUCGGUGGCGGCACCGGCGUCGGCAUGGCCUACGCCAACUGUGAGAAGAGCCUCAACGAGUACCUCCUCUCGUUGGAGCCGGAUGCCUGCUUGAUCAAAAAGCAGGCGUGAUUCGGACCACAAUAUCCUCCUACUGUGAUGCAAUGUAUGUAGUUUUAAUGAUUUUUUUUAAGUGGAUAAGGUUUUUUUCACUUUUUUAUUUACCUCUCGAUAUCUUACUCCAUAUUAAAUUAUAUUAGUUAAAAAUGUCAGUUUUUCCUAUUUUUAAUCACUUUUCUGUUUUGGAUAAGUUUCACGCUUAUAAGUAAAAAAGUUAAAUAAAGCUCCCGACGCAUUGUG